GAGAUACAGCUUCACUUCAUCUCUGAGACGGGGGUGAUGACGUCAGCAUUGCAUUAGGGCUACACAAACAGAUAUUUUUAGUAACUACAACUCUGGGGACAGCAACUAGGAGACAUGUUUACUCUAUGAAAUAAAUGAGGCCCUUUCUAAAUAACAGCAUCACGUUUUGUUGUCUUCAGCUGGAUUGGUUUAUAGAGAUCCUUAGCUGGAGGGUUGCAGGUCUAUUCUGAGACAAAAAAGCUGAAAUUGGUAUGUCGUAGCCACAAUGUCAAAAAAAGAAGAUUCGGGAGGAAAGAAAGGUUCUCACCAAACUGAUCUUUACGCAGAAGUCCCUGCAACAUGCCUACCUAUCGUCUAUUCCCCAGAGUACAACAUCACCUUCAUGGGUCUGGAAAAGCUUCAUCCUUUUGACGCUGGAAAAUGGGGCAAGGUCAUUCGCUUCCUAAAAGAGGAGCAGUUCAUCACAGAUGAGAUCAUUGUUCUAGCCCGGGAGGCCAGCGAAGCGGAUCUUCUUGUGGUUCAUACAGCACGUUACCUGAACAGACUCAAGUGGUCGCUGGUGGUUGCCACCAUCACAGAAAUCCCACCUGUCAUGUUCCUGCCCAACUUCCUGGUACAGCGCAAAGUUCUAAAACCUUUGCGAACUCAAACGGGAGGAACCAUUAUGGCUGGAAAGCUGGCAAUGGAUCGAGGAUGGGCAAUAAAUGUGGGAGGAGGUUUCCACCACUGCUCCAGUGAUAAAGGUGGAGGUUUUUGUGCCUACGCUGACAUCACACUAGCGAUCAAGUUUCUCUUUGAGAGGGUGGAAGGAGUUGCCAGGGCCACCAUCAUCGAUCUAGACGCCCAUCAGGGAAACGGCCAUGAGCGGGAUUUCCUGGAAGACAGACGCGUUUACAUAAUGGAUGUCUAUAAUCGCCACAUCUAUCCAGGAGAUGGAUAUGCAAAGAGGGCGAUUAAACGAAAGGUAGAGCUGGAAUGGGGCACAGAAGACAUGGAGUAUCUACAGAAAGUGGAGCUCCAUUCAGAAGGGGCGCUGAAUGAAAUACGGCCUGACAUCAUCAUAUACAAUGCAGGCACGGACAUUCUUGAUGGAGACCCUCUUGGAGGGCUGGCUAUAUCCCCACAGGGUAUCAUAAAGAGAGAUGAGAUCAUCUUCAGGGCAGCCCGUCGACGGGGAAUCCCCAUCCUUAUGGUGACAUCAGGGGGCUACCAGAAGAAAACCGCCCGCAUCAUUGCUGACUCCAUCCUGAAUCUGCACAGACAGGGUUUGAUUGGUGAAGAGGCUGUAGAGGGUGCGGGACCCUCACAUGUACCGCUCAUGAUGAGCAAAUCUGUGUCGUCAGGGGCCACGUUCAGUGCCAUUUAAACUCUCCUGAUCUUGGACCUUGUCAAGUGUGUCAAACACACUGUUCAUUUAUCUAGUGCAAACAUUUAGAACUAAUAUACGAAGUUCUGGUCAGGUUUGGUGGUUUGGACCGAGAUUGACUCAGGAUAGUUUUCGUAGUUCAUCAGUUUGAACUGUUUAAUUUUGUAUGUUGCAGUUUUGUGAUAACUUUAGAGCGAAAUGUAGAAAUUGGGUAAUAUUUUUUACAUUUUUCCAUCACUUCUUAAGGGUAUUUUAUGCAAUGCUUAUUUGCACAUUCAAAUUUCAAAGGAAUAGUUUAUCCAGAAAUAAAUUCUGUCAGCAUUUGCUCAGACUCAUUCCAAAACCAUUAAGUUUAACUAUAUGGAAAAGAACAUUUCUCCACAAAAGAAAGACAAUACAGGUUGGGUUUGACAGAAUUUUCAUUAUUGGGUAAACCUUUUUAAUUAGUGCCCACAAGUUGAGCAUCGGAAGGGGAUUGAUUUCUUCUCAAUUUCAAAUUUUAAAAACAAAACUAAGGGAUACUGUACAUGAAUCCAUUCCUCUAGAAAUCCCCAGUUUGAGAUCCACACAAGAAAAAUAGACCAUAUGCCAAGAGUUGAUUUUAUUGAGCCAUUUGCGUCAGCUGCAACACUAUAUUAGAUUUAUUCAAAAUUCGAUUAGGGCAUUAUGAAUCAAUUUUGUAUGCAUUACAGAUUCCUUAUUGCGUCAACCUGCUUCGCUGUAACGCCUUAAAUUAUUCUGUGACAUUAAAUGGAAGUUGCUCUUAAGACGUGCUUUUGUGACCAGUUGGUUUUAGCAGCACGCAGGAAUUCUCAUUUGUGUGCAUCAGCAGGUGGACCACUGUCAGGCUGAGUGCUUUCUAUCAUAUUACGCCUGGCAGGCUUUUGAAAUGUCUUCAGGCUGAGGCCGGGGCUCUCUCUAUUAGGAAAUGAAACUCUUCAUUGGAGAAUCUGAGAGACACUGCAGUUGGUUACCAGUGACAGUUCUAAAGCCGUGAUCUUGUCUGCCUCAAUUUAACAAAAUGGUUCCUGUCAUCUAGAGAAUAAAUAGGAGAUGAUGACACUGGUUUCUUUUUUUUUGGUUUGGAUUGUAAAUUCUAGUUUGAAAUCUAGAUUCACGGUUUUUGAUUAGGUUGUUGUUUUUGCGAAUUUAUUUUUAGAUAUCAGGUGUAGGACAGUCUACUAAUUCUACUCAAGGAGUUAUCAUUACUCCACACAGAUUUACCAUUGAAUUCGUCACUGAAUUCGAAAUUCUAAGCGUUUGAGAUUUUAAAGAUAUGAUUCACCACAUAAAACAAUCUAUCAUUUAUUCACCCUCAUGUUUUUAAGGGCAUGAUGGGAAGAAAUAUGAGAUGGGAGGAUAAAUUGCAUAUCGAUGCUUUUGUGAUCACUCACAAGCCUGGUAAUAACAUGAUAAUGUUUUGGAAAUAAUAUGAAGUGGGAGGAAACAAAUACUAUACUGUAUUUUAGUAAUGGAAUUGAAUGUAAAGUUUCUUGGGGGAAUGUUUUGCAAGUAAGUGCAAAGUUUUUCAAGGUGUCCAAAAGAAAUGUAAAGUUACAUCAAACGUUUUGCAAGCGAACAUGAUGUUUCUCUGGCGGCGCCCAAGUUUUCAAACAAAUACAACUUUUCCUGUGGGAACACAAAAGUUUUGCAAGUGAACACAAACGCAUUGAAUAAAACUGUUCUUUACAUCUCGUAUUUUUCCAUCACAAACUCCUGGUUUCUAUCUAUUCUAUGUAAAAGUGAGCCAUAUCAACAUUUUCUUUAGUAUUUCCUGUUUUUGCUCUGCUGAAAAAAGUCUAAUAAUGAGGGUGAGUAAAUGAACUAUGUAUUUUAUUUAGUUUUCUUUCAAGCUCAAGGCUGGUUUUCAGAAUGUUGUCUUUUUAAGGAGCAAGUUAGGAGUUUUGUGUUAGGCACUUAUACUCAUGUUGCAGAGGUACUGGUCAUGGCUGUGGUAUGUAGUGACAUUGUGUGCAAUUUUUUAAACUAAUUCAUCCGACCUUGUCCGUAAAGAUUUGCUGGGAGGUGUUAGUGGACCUCCAGACUUUUCUGCACUAAAUUGCUCUAAGAACACAGAAUAAAGUAAAAACAUUGCUCUGUUCCUUUGAGCUUCCCAACCACCCCUACAUAGCAAAAUUGUAUGAGCUAACGUUGUGAUUUUUGGGACAGGUCUAUAUUUCUGCAUGGCUCAUUGCAGAAAAGGACUGCAUCCAUUUAUUCUUUUGAAUGAGUAAAUUAAAUUAGUUGGUAACAAUUAAAAAACUACGUUCUAGAUAGUAAAACAAAAAAAAGUCAUCAAGGCGCUAUAGGAGUACUCUUUUAUGAAUACUGUGAAUUCAGACACACUUUGUUACUAUACAGUUGGAAAGUUUGCAAUUUUGGAUGCAGCUGAAAUCUCUGAAAGCGCUAAUGGUACAGAAACUAUUCACAUCAUGUUUAACAGUGCAUUAACAUGUAUCUUUUAAAACCUACUGAAAUUGUUGUUUACAGUGAUACCUCCCAUUCGGCGUAUCACAGGUUUGAGACUAAAGUCAUAAAAGUAAAGAUAGUAGAGCACUAAAUUAGUGAGGUGUUUACUCUUCUGGGAAUGGCAAAAUUUGAGCAUUAUUAAUGUUUUUUAGGUCUUGGGUUGAGGUUAUGAGUUUCAUAUUGCACUCGGGUGCUGGAGGGAUCUUGGUAAUGGACACUAAUGAGAGUAGUAGGGCUCUUUUCGUUCCUUGCCUUUCUUUUUCUCUUUAAUGAAAGGCGUCAAAAGGAUGCGUAUGGAGGUCACUUGAAAGACGUGAACCCUUUAGGUCUAGCUAGCAGUUUAAUGGAUCCGUACAUGAAAAGGACCACCGUGGUCCUGCUUAAACAAAUGAAUUUCUGAUGAGUAUUUCAUGUGCGUGGGUCUAAAUGGGAUUUCAAACUUGCCUACUACAUUUAAUGUUUUGUUUUGGUUAAGAACCUUAUGUACACAUUGAACACUAAACGUCUUAUGCACUUAUUAUGGUUUGUGCUACUUUAUGAAACAUUUAUGUUCAAUUAAUUCCUUUGUCUUUAAUUAUUUUUGAUAUAAAAUGACUUUAAAAAUGUAAUUAGAAACUCAUUAAUCAUAUCUUGUCAAUUUUAAAUCUGUUCGUAUGUAUAAAAACACUUAAAGGCCAUUACACCUUUACAUAAAUCUAUAGAGAUGGUGCUUUGUUAACAUCUAACAAACGUGCCAAAUGUCUUCAUUAUGGGUUUGUUGUGUUGUUUUGUACACAAUCACUUUUUAUUUAAUGCCAUUUCCAUGUAAGAACAGGGAAAAUAAAUCAAGUCUAACAAUGCAAUUACCGAAGACCUCAUGUUUAUUGUAUACUAUAUCUGUUAACACUUCAUAUGAUUUAUAUGACUUUAUUCCAUCAGCAUGACAUCUUCAAACACCUGCUGGUUUAUUGUUCGAAAGCCUCGCCACAACCGAAGAUUAAUGUUGAAAGCUAGUGCUGAGCGGCAGGAAAAAUGUGCUGUAUUAUUCAUCA